AUGUUUAACAGAUUCCUAUUCACUCGUUCCUUAGCUACUGCAGCUAAAUCCGUGAAACCACCCAUCCAAUUGUUUGGACUAGACGGUACUUACGCUACUGCUCUAUUCACGGCUGCUGCAAAGACCACCUCCGUAGAGGCUGCGUCUAAAUCGCUUGUUCAGCUGUCGCAAACCGUCGCUAAAGACUCCAAAUUGGCCACUAUCUUGGCUAGCCCAGCUUUAUCCGCCAAUGACAGAGCUCUUGUCGUGGAGACAUUGAACAAAUCGCAGCCAGACUUGGACGCUUCCGUUGCCAACCUUCUGAAGGUUUUGGGAGAAAACAACAGACUAGACAUCUUCAGCGGUGUUUCUGCUCAAUUCGCCAAAUUGACUGACGCUUACAACGGACUUGUCCAAGCUACGGUCACCACUGCUCAACCAUUGGACUCCAAAUUGUUCAAGAGAGUUGAGAAGGCGCUAGCUGGUUCCAGUUUCGUCGGACAAGGCAAGACCUUGAAGCUAGAAAACGUUGUUGACCCAGAAAUCCAAGGUGGUCUAGUUGUCGAACUCGCUGAUAGAACAGUUGACAUGUCUAUUAGCUCCAAGAUCAACAAGCUCAACCAACUGUUGAAGGAAGCCAUUUAA